ACGAUGGGCAAACAGUCGCUCGUGUUGAUCGUGUUGAUCGCAAGUGUUUGCACACUCCCGGUGCAUACGUUGGACUUGGGAGGAUUUUUCAAAAAGACCGGUGAUGUCGCGAAGGUGGCAGCCAAAACGGCCAAGGGAGUGGCCGAAAAUAUACCGCAGAUAUUUUCACCGGAACAGUUGCUGGAGUUUAGCAAGCAAUCGAUCAUUGGCCUGCCGGCGGAAGCGAUCGCUGCUACGAUCAAUCAAAUAUGUUCCGUUGCACUGCUGUCGAAUGCUACCGCCUCCGAGAACGGCGUGAACAUAACCGACAUGAACUAUAUUCUGAUGACGGAAGAUAACAACGUGACGAUACCGCUGCUGGAGUCGGAUGAUUUGUGGAAGAAUGAGCUUUUCAACAAAUCGUACGAUACGGUCAUACUGGUUACCGGAUGGACCUCGAACGUGAACGAACCGAAUCGGGCCAUCGAUACGAUCUACAAUGCGUAUAAGGAACGGGGCGGCUACAACUUCGUCGUUAUCGAUACAGCCGAGUAUGUGGACACACUGUACACCUGGUCCGCGUUCAAUACGAACGAUCUUGGCGAAGGUUUGGCGGAUGGAUUGAAGGGAUUAAUUCAGUACGUGCCGCUAGAGAAGAUUCACCUGAUAGGGCAUAGUUUGGGUGCACACAUCGUUGGUGCUGCAGGGCGAUACUUUCAGUACAAAACGAACAAAACGAUACCGCGUAUUACGGGAUUGGAUCCGGCAAAUCCUUGCUUCAAUGAGGGAGAAUCACUGAGUGGCAUCCAGCGUGGCGACGCUGACUUUGUGGACAUUAUUCAUACGAACGCCAAGGUUCUGGGCAAGCGUGAUCCAAUAGGGGAUGCUGACUUUUAUCCUAAUGGCGUGGUCUCUGUCCAACCCGGAUGCAUCGAUCCAGCGUGUUCUCAUAAGCGUGCCUGGGAGCUUUACGCUGAGACGGUGUAUCCCCAAACCGAAAAGAGUCUACUGGCUGUUAAGUGUAAUUCGCUUCUUUCCCUCACUACCGGUGGGUGCGUAGGUAAUCCGAUUCCGCUUGGCUUCGCCUGUCCGAAAACGGCGAAAGGAAACUUUUUCCUGAAGACAAACGACAAAUCACCAUUCGCUCUAGCUUCUACGUCGGAUUGAACACGAUCAACUUG